UGGUGAGGCAGCACAGCCCCCUCUGAAGAGACCUCAGAGGUGCUUUGUGUGUGCCUCCAUCUGUAUGAGUGCAGCAAGAGGAUGAUGAAGGUCCAUUGUGUACUACUCCUCCUCAUCUCCUCAGCUGGGCUGGCCCGGGGCUAUGAGGACGAGACCCGCCUGGUGGAGGACCUGUUCAGUAACUACAACAAGGUGGUGCGGCCCGUGGAGGACCACCGGGACGCCGUCGUUGUCACCGUGGGGCUGCAGCUCAUCCAGCUCAUUAGCGUGGAUGAAGUAAAUCAGAUUGUGACAACCAACGUACGCCUAAAACAGCAAUGGACAGAUGUCAACCUCAGAUGGAAUCCAGAUGACUACGGUGGUGUAAAAAAAAUCCGCAUCCCCUCAGAUGAUAUCUGGCGGCCAGACCUUGUUCUUUACAACAAUGCAGACGGUGACUUUGCCAUUGUAAAAUACACCAAAGUCCUUCUGGAGCACACAGGUCUGAUCACCUGGACACCACCAGCUAUUUUUAAGAGUUACUGUGAAAUUAUAGUCACGCACUUCCCAUUUGACCAGCAGAACUGCAGUAUGAAGUUGGGAACUUGGACAUAUGAUGGUACAGUGGUUGUUAUUAACCCGGAGAGUGAUCGCCCAGACCUGAGUAACUUCAUGGAGAGUGGGGAGUGGGUGAUGAAGGAUUACCGAGGCUGGAAGCACUGGGUUUACUACGCUUGCUGCCCUGACACCCCUUACCUGGACAUCACCUACCACUUCCUCAUGCAACGCCUGCCUCUCUACUUCAUUGUGAACGUCAUCAUACCCUGCCUGCUCUUCUCCUUUUUAACAGGGUUAGUUUUUUACCUACCCACAGAUUCAGGUGAGAAAAUGACCCUCAGCAUCUCUGUCCUGCUGUCUUUGACUGUGUUCCUGCUGGUCAUCGUGGAGCUGAUUCCCUCCACCUCCAGCGCAGUGCCUCUGAUUGGCAAGUACAUGCUGUUUACCAUGGUGUUUGUCAUCGCCUCGAUCAUCAUCACCGUCAUCGUCAUCAACACCCACCACCGCUCCCCGAGCACGCACACCAUGCCCCCCUGGGUCAGGAAGAUCUUUAUUGACACAAUCCCAAACAUCAUGUUUUUCUCUACAAUGAAACGACCAUCAAGAGACAAACAAGACAAAAAUAUUUUUGCGGAAGAUAUUGACAUAUCUGACAUUUCUGGAAAGUCAGGCUCUAUGCCUGUCAACUUCUACUCCCCACUUACCAAAAAUCCAGACGUGAAAAACGCUAUAGAGGGAAUCAAAUACAUUGCAGAAACUAUGAAAUCGGACCAAGAAGCCAGCAAUGCUGCAGAAGAAUGGAAGUUUGUUGCAAUGGUGCUUGAUCAUCUCCUCCUUGGCAUAUUUAUGCUAGUUUGUUUUAUAGGAACAUUAGCUGUAUUUGCUGGUCGCCUUAUUGAAUUAAAUCAGCAAGGAUGAAUGUCAGAUGGAAACUAUUUGCUACCCUGAAGAUCUGAAAGCAUCCUAACCAUCAAAAUCUGGCCAGUCUCUGAAAGGUUCACUGACAGGAAUCAGUAACAGCUGGGAAAGAACAGGUAUAAUAAAACUUAAGGCUCCAUACGUCACACUUCUGAGCUGCUGCUCAGUAGCAUUUAAUUGCAAAAAGAAACACUUGUAUUACUGGUAAACUUGAACGGCUAUGGCUGUCAGCCAGGUUUUGAUCCAUUUCACCCUUUAUUAAAAAUCUCAAUGUAUUAAUAA